AGCCCUGCCUUCUUCCAGCUCCUGAAGUGACAGCUGGAGAACCUAGGGGACGAAGUUCCCCGCUCCCCAUCCUGGCCCCCUACCCUCCACCCUCUCCCCAGAGGAUCAGCUGAUUCCUGACACCCCCAGGGUCUGUGGCCCGAUCCCAGGAGGAGCCUGGGUUGCCAUGAGAGAGACCUUCGAGGCCCUCAGCUCCCUGGGACUCUCUGUGGGGCAGCCGGAGAUGGCCCCCCAAAGUGAGCCUGGGGAAGGGUCCCAUAAUGCCCAGGAGCAGAUGUCGGCUCCCCAGGAAGAGAGAGUGCUGGGCACAUGCUCAGGGCACGAGGUCCCCAGCCCGGAGGAAGGUGUCCCCACUGAGCAAGCCGAAGUUCCCUGCAGAGGCCGGGUGUGCACACCCUGGAAGCCUGAGCCCGUGGGCUCCUGCCCAGGGGACGAGUGGAUGAUUCGGAAGGUGAAGGUGGAGGAGGAGGAGCAGGAGGCAGGAGAGGAGGUGGAAUGGCCCAAGCAUCUAUCAUUACUCCCCAGCCCUUUUCCCUCGCCUGACCUGGGGCCCCUGGCCGCCGCAUAUAAGCUGGAGCCGGGGGCCCCAGGGGCUCUGGGCGGGCUCGCUCUGACCGGGUGGAUCCCGACUUCGGAGAAGCCCUAUGGCUGCGGGGAGUGCGAGCGGCGGUUCCGGGACCAGCUGACCUUGCGGCUGCACCAGAGACUGCACCGCGGCGAGGGUCCGUGCGCCUGCCCGGACUGCGGCCGCAGCUUCACGCAGCGCGCGCACAUGCUGCUGCACCAGCGCAGCCACCGCGGCGAGCGGCCUUUCCCGUGCUCCGAGUGCGACAAGCGCUUCAGCAAGAAGGCCCACCUGACCCGCCACCUGCGCACGCACACGGGCGAGCGGCCCUACCCGUGCGCAGAGUGCGGCAAGCGCUUCAGCCAGAAGAUCCACCUGGGCUCGCACCAGAAGACACACACCGGCGAGCGGCCCUUCCCCUGCCCUGAGUGCGAGAAGCGCUUUCGUAAAAAGACGCACUUGAUUCGCCACCAGCGCAUCCACACGGGCGAGAGGCCCUACCAGUGCGCGCAGUGCGCACGCAGCUUCACGCACAAGCAGCACUUGGUGCGGCACCAGAGGGUGCACGAGGCGGCUGGUCGCGCCCUGGCCUCUCCCGACCCGCCCGCCUCUCCCGCUUCCCCUGCCCCGUCCCCCCACCCCCGUCCCCCGUCGCCUUGCGCCUGUGCGCAGUGCGGCCGCCGCUUCAGCCGCAAGUCGCACCUGGGCCGCCACCAGGCGGUGCACACCGGCAGUCGCCCCCACGCCUGCGCCGUGUGCGCCCGCAGCUUCAGCUCCAAAACCAACCUGGUCCGCCACCAGGCCAUCCACACGGGCUCCCGCCCCUUCUCCUGCCCGCAGUGCGGCAAGAGUUUCAGCCGCAAGACCCACCUGGUGCGACACCAGCGCAUCCACGACGUAGCCGCCCUUCCGGCCUCUCAUGCUGACCUCUCGGCCCCAGCCUGGCCCACUCCCACCGAGGUGGCAGCACCCGCGCUCUUCUUCUGAGCCUCGUUCUCUGCUGGACCCUGCCUUUGCUUUCUUUAGCUCACUGGUUCCCCAAUCCCAUACGCGAAAUCUCCUGGGCGGUGGAGCAGAUGGUCUGGCCUCCUGCUGACUAUUAUCUUUCCCUCUCCAUCUUACUGGGGAGAAGUCUGGAAAGGAUAACUUGGACAUUCUGUGACAAAAAUGCUAAGUGAACCCUUGGUGGGAACAGUUCAGGCCUGAGUCCUUGAAAAACUACCACCAAGAGACCCCAUCAGAAGACAGACAUUUCCUGGACCUACCCCGGCCAAGGACUGACUAAGUCAGGAACCUCUACAGGGGGAGGGAAAGUCUGUGUACAUAAGUUUCAUUAAAAUUAAAAACUGAAGGCCUUGGGGCUAUUAAAUAAGUUGAGGGAUGGAA